UCCAUGUCAAAAUUGUCAUGUCAUGAUUGUUAUGUCAGUGAACUGUUGGUAUUGUGCAGUUAUUUUAGUUUAGUUAAAAAAUGUCUGGUUCAAAGAAAAUGACGCUGCGGGUGCAGUCGGCGGAGGGCACGGCGCGCGUGGAGCUGGCGGAGGGCUCGCCCACGGCGGCGCUGUUCGAGCGCGUGCGGGACGCGCUGGCGCUGGGCUCGUGCGCCUUCGCGCUGCACCGCGACCGCGCGCGCCGCCAGGAGCUGCCCGCCAGCCGCGAGCGCACGCUGCGCGACGCCGGCCUGCAGCACGGCGACAUGCUGUACCUCAGCCCCGUCAACGGCUCCGUGCUCAAGGACCAGCCCUCCACCAGCACCGAGCAGGCUAACAACAAGUCCUUCGGUGAGCCGGUAGAAGCGGGCCCGUCGUCGGGCGCCGCCGCGCGCCCUGCGGCGCCUGUAGAGGACGACGUGGACAUUCUCCUGUACGCUCAGUCCGGAGCCAUCCAGAGGAAUAGAGAUGAAAAAUUAUGCAGACACAAUUCAAAAGGAUGCUGCGUGCACUGCUCUCCGUUGGAACCGUGGGACGAGGGCUACCUAAAGGAGCACAACAUCAAGCACAUGUCGUUUCACUCCUAUCUGCGUAAGAUGACCUCUGGGAAAUUCAUCUCAUUGGAAGAGAUGUCCUGCAAAAUUAAGCCAGGCUGCAAGGAGCACCCGCCGUGGCCGCGCGGCAUCUGCUCCAAGUGCCAGCCGGGCCCGGUGACGCUGCUGCGGCAGCCGUACCGGCACGUGGACAACGUGGUGGUGGAGCACCCGGCGCUGGUGGAGCGCUUCCUGGGCUACUGGCGCGCCACGGGCCACCAGCGCGUGGGCUACCUGUACGGCAGCUACGAGGCGCACCCCGACGUGCCGCUGGGCGUGCGCGCGCGCGUGGCCGCCGUGUACGAGCCGGCGCAGAGCUCGUCGCGCGACGCCGUCACGCUGCUGCCCGACCCCAAGCAGCCCGCGCUGGACGAGCUGGCGCGCCGCCUGGGGCUGCGCCGCGUGGGCUGGCUGUUCACCGACCUGCUGGCCGCCGCGCCCGGCGCCGUGCAGCACAUCCGCGGCGUGGACACGCACUUCCUGUCGGCGCAGGAGUGCAUCACGGCGGGCCACUUCCAGAACCUGCACCCGAGCGCCUGCCGCCACGCGGCCUCCGGCUACUUCGGCUCCAAGUUCGUCACCGUUUGCGUGACCGGCGACAGCAACGAGCAGGUGCACAUGGAGGGCUACCAGGUGUCGGCGCAGUGCCAGGCGCUGGUGCGCGACGGCGUGCUGCUGCCCACGCGCGACGCGCCCGAGCUGGGCUACAUCCGCGACUCCGGGCCCGCGCAGUACGUGCCCGACGUGUACUACAAGGAGAAGGACGUCUACGGCAACGAGGUGGGCGUGGCCGCCAAGCGCGUGCCCGUGGCGUACCUGCUGGUGGACGUGCCGUGCGGCGUGGCGGGCGCGGGCGCGGGCGAGCCGGCCUUCUGUCCCGCCGCGGCCUUCCCGCCGGCGCACCGCGCGCUGCAGGCGCAGCUGCAGACGCCGGCCGCGCUGCACGCGCAGCUGCGCGGCGCCGCCAGCUUCCUGGACGCCGUGCGCGACCUGCACGUGCUGCUGUACCUGGCCACCAACGACGCGCUGCCGCUGGACUGGCCCACGCUGCAGCCGCUGCUGGACGCCGUGCGCGCGCGCGACGCCGCCGCCGCCGACGCCUGGCGCCGCCGCCCCGAGCCCGCCACGCUGGAGCAGCUGGCGCGCGCCGACGCCGACCACGACGCCGAGCCCGUGCGCAGCGGGCCGUCGAGCGGCGCGGGGGGCGCGGGCGAGGCGGUGUGGACGUGCCCGCUGUGCACCUUCCACAACGCGGCGCGCCACGACCAGUGCGAGAUGUGCGCCAUGCCCAGAAAUAACGCUAUGUAAAUAAACGCAGGGGAGGAGAGAAUAGUUCACUUUUUAUACUGAGGAAAUUUCGCGCGAUCGACUUGUGAAUAGUGAAACUAGGUUUACUUUAUUUUUAUAUUCGCGGCGACGCCGAGCGGCGGCCCGGACCCGCGCCCGGCGGACUGCGGCCGGCUGGGCUCGUGCCCGCGCGCUCGUCGCCAGUUGCGACGACGUCAGGCACGGCUCGAGCAGGAGUAUCACGCGUCACGCGUGCGCGGCACAUUUAGGCGAAAUAAAUUAUCAGAAAAGACAAUGAUUCAUUUAUGUUUGUCCGUCCCGUUGCAAAGGUUUAUGUAUAUUUGAUGCAUUUCAAGUGAUAUCAGUUUAUUCUCAUUGUAUGGUUCGAUCAGUGUAUUUUGUGUUCAGUGAAGGUGUCCGUAGGCUCGCCCCGAGAGGCCGCGCGAGCGUCCCUCAUCUCGGGACGGCCGAGUGCCACUCACCCACUUUCGACUAGUUGUUUUAACCCACUUAUCAUGAUACACUGCAAUUGUGAUAUUCGCAGAGUAUGUAUACUAUUGUAAAUGUUAUGUUAUUUAUUACAAGCCGCCGGGCUCGGCGCGGGGAGCUGAUAAAUACAGUGUACCUACUUUGUACCCGCUGGAGUUUCAUUCGUAAAUUAAACACCCAAAUGCUUUUGUAAAAAUAUUUAUUCAUUAUUAUAUACAAUUUUGUAUCUAGCAGCACACACGCUCGCGACGCCGGCGCCCGGGCGCGAGCGUGCGGCGUCGAGGAGCACCGCGGCCCCGCCUCGUGCGCUCUGUACUCUGUGGUGGAUAUUUUUGGUGCGCUUUUUCCUUUAUUUACUGCGAUGUUAUUUCUUUUAAAAAGUCAAAUAGACAUGGCACUCCCGACGAUCCGAGAUAUUAGUUACAUGAAUAUCGAUAACGCUAUACUAUAGUCUGAAUUCUACAAAAGGAAAUCUCUCAGCCGCAUCGUCAGUGCCGAUGAAAGUUAAGUUUCGCGCGAAGGACUGAGCGCGGCGCACGAGGCGGCGGGUGCGUGACGUCACGCGGCGCACGAGGCGGCGGGCGCGUGACGUCACGCGGCGCGGGCUCGGCCCCGCUGCGGCCCGGAGCUGCUUCAUUAUCACAUCACACACAUUCUACAUCUUUUAUUUAGACCUUGUAAACGAUCACAUAAUUUUUGUCAUGUU